AUGUUGCAGGCCCCGUGUAGCCUACAGAGCCUAUGGUUCUCGUCGCAGCAGCCCAAGGCCUCAGACCCCUCGCCCCCCUCGUCCUCCGCCUCCUUGUCAGGCCUCGGCGGAUUCGUUGACUUCACGUUCACCCAAGAGCCUCAGGACACGGUGACGGUGCGAGGCGGCGUGCUGCAGCUCGACUGCCAGGCGCAGUCUGACACGGUGGUGGAAACGCCGAGCAUCACGUGGCGAAAGGACGGCGUGCUGCUGAGCACGGUGGUGGACGAGAGAAGAAGGCAGUUAGCUAACGGCUCACUGCUCGUGCAGAAUGUUGUGCACUCUCGACACCACCGGCCUGACGAGGGGGAAUACCAGUGCCUCGCUACACUGGACGGAGUGGGGAGCAUCGUUAGCCGGACCGCUAAAGUGACUGUGGCCGGUCCGCUGAAGGUCGUCAUUCCCACUGAGUCCGUCUCCUCGUACCUCGGUGACACUGCCCUGCUGCUCUGCGAGGUCUCGGGCGAGCCGAACCCCGUCAUCCGCUGGCAAAAGAACCGCGAGGACCUGCCGGUGACGUUUGAGCCUGAAUCUCGUCUGGCCGUGCUGCCCUCCGGAUCGCUGCAGGUCAGCCGGGUCCAGCCUCCGGACUCAGCCACGUACCGAUGCCUGGCAGACAACCCCGGCAGCACCAGGACAGGGACGGACGCUGAGCUCAGAGUGCUUCCAGAGCCCGGUGUGAGCAGGACUCUGCAGUUCCUCCAGCGUCCAUCCAGAGUGACGGUCCUCCAGGGGAGAGACGCCGUGCUGGAGUGUGCCGCGUCUGGGUACCCGACUCCGAGCAUCCUGUGGAGGAGAGGAGAGGAGCUGAUCCAGAGCUGGAAUAAGAAGUACUCUCUGCUGGCGGGCAGUAAUCUGAUCAUCAGGAGCGUCACCGACGACGACUCGGGCAGUUACAGCUGUACAGCCUCCAACAAGAACCACAACAUCACGGCACAGACGGAACUCAGCGUGCUGGUGCCGCCUCAGUUCCUCAACUACCCGACCAACACGUACGCCUACGAGUCCACCGACAUCGAGCUGGAGUGUGCCGUGACUGGAAAUCCUCCGCCGACCGUCCGCUGGAUAAAGAACGGAGAAGAAGUCAUCCCCAGUGACUAUUUUCAGAUAGUGGAUGGCAGUAACCUUCAGAUUCUGGGUUUAGUGAAGUCAGAUGAAGGAUUUUAUCAGUGUGUGGCGGAAAACUCAGCCGGCAGCUCGCAGGCGAUGGCUCAGCUGCUGCUCCGAGAGCCAGUGUCCCCCAGCCCAGGCGUUGCCCUCCCCUCUGCCCCCCGCGACCUGGUCCCUGUCCUAGUGUCCAGCCGAUUUGUCCGUCUCAGCUGGCGCCCCCCAGAGGAGACCGGAGGAGCCGUGCAGACCUAUGGCAUCUACUACUCCCAGGAUGGGAUCGAGAGGGAGCGGUCAGUGAACGUGUCGGAGCCCGAGUCUCUCGAGCUGACCGUGUCCAACCUGAAGCCUGAGGAGAGCUACAGCUUCAGAGUCAUCGCCUACAACGACGUGGGGCCGGGAGAAAGCUCCACCCCCCUGAGGAUCACCACCAAACCAGACCUCCAGGUCCCCAGCAGGGUGGAGUCUUUCCAGGCCGAGGCUCUGUCGCCUACCUCCGUCCAGGUGAGCUGGGAGCCUCCAGCCCUGCCUAACGGCCCCGUCCUGGGCUACAGACUGCUGUGGACCGAGAGCCCGUCUGGAAAGGAACAGAGUGUGGAGGUCUCCGGACUCAACUACAAGAUGGACGGACUCAACAAGUUCACAGAGUACACGGUUCGAGUUCUGGCGAUCAACCGCUACGGACCAGGCACCGCCUCAGAGAUCGUCAGCAUCACCACCCAAUCAGACGUACCCAGCGCUCCUCCUCAGAACAUCACCUUAGAGGUCGUCCUGUCCAGGAGCAUCAAGGUGUCAUGGCAGCCGCCUCCGCCCAGCUCCCAAAACGGUCUCAUCACCGCCUACAAGAUCAAGUACAGGAAGACCGGUCGCCGUGGAGACCAAGAGGCCAUCGAACCCAACAACUUCUGGUACCUGUUUACAGGUCUAGAGAAGGGCAGUCAGUACAGUUUCCAGGUAUCAGCCAUGACAGCGAAUGGAACAGGUCCAGCCAGUGAGUGGUUCAACGCUGAGACUCCGGAGAACGACCUGGACGAGAGUCAGGUACCCGACCAGCCGAGCUCUCUGCACGUCAGGCCGCUGCCCAACAGCAUCAUCAUGUCCUGGACUCCGCCCCUCAGCCCCAACAUCCUAGUCCGAGGGUACAUCAUCGGCUACGGAGUGGGAAGUCCUUACGCCGAGACGGUCCGAGUGGACAGCAAGCAGAGAUAUUACUCCAUCGAAAACCUCGAGCCGAGCUCGCACUACGUGAUUUCCCUGAAGGCGUUCAAUAACGCUGGAGAGGGAGUUCCUCUGUAUGAGAGCGCCGUCACUCGAUCUCUGACAGACCCCAUUGACCCCUCUGAGGAUGACCUCUUCCACCUCUUUGAUAAAUACCCCACUCCCAUGCCAGACACCAGCACUCCCAUGAUCCCACCGGUAGGGGUCCAAGCAGUGGCUCUGUCCUCCGACUCGGUACGCGUCUCCUGGGCCGACAACUCCAUGACCAAGAACCAGAAGGCGUCUGAGGUCCGGUACUACUCUGUCAAGUGGAAGACCAGCUACUCCACCAGUGGAAAGUACAAGUCUGCAGACACCACAGCGCUGAGUCACACAGUCACCGGCCUCAAGCCAAACACCAUGUACGAGUUUGCUGUCAUGGUAACCAAAGGCCGCAAGUCCAGCACCUGGAGUAUGACGGCACAUGCCACAACGUAUGAAGCAGCUCCCAGUUCGGCUCCCAAAGAUUUGACAGUGAUCAGUCGCGAGGGACGACCCCGCGCCAUUUUAAUCAGCUGGCAGCCUCCGAUGGAAGCUAACGGACGGAUAACAGGUUACAUCCUGUACUACACACUGGAUAAGAACAUGCCGAUCGAUGAUUGGGUGAUGGAGGCGAUCAGCGGCGACCGGCUGACCCAUCAGGUCGUGGAUUUGAACCUGGACACCGUUUAUUACUUCAGGAUUCAGGCCAAGAACGCCAAAGGGGUUGGCCCGCUGUCUGAGCCCAUCCACUUCAAGACUGCCAAAGUUGAACAUCCAGACAAGAUGGCCAAUGAUCAAGGUCGUGGAGGAGACCACGCCUACUGGCCGUCUGACACCAACCUGAUUGACAGGAGCAUCAAUGAGUCUCCUAUUGGUCAGAUGCGUCCUCCUCAUGGCAGCGCCACGCCUCAGAAGAACAGUAACCUGCUGGUCAUCAUCGUGGUUUCUGUGGGAGCUGUCACCGUGGUCGUGGUCGUCAUCGUGGCGCUCAUCUGCACCCGGCGCUCCUCCGCCCAGCAGAGGAAGAAGAGAGCGAGCCACAGCGCUGGUAAGCGGAAAGGCAGCCAGAAGGACCUGCGGCCUCCGGACCUCUGGAUCCACCAUGAGGAGAUGGAGAUGAAGAACAUGGAGAAAGCUCCGAGUGUCGCCCCGUCAGGACACGACUCGCCCCUCCAGUCCUGCCAAGACCUCCCCCAGGUCGCACACAGCCAAUCAGAGAGCCAGAUGGGCAGCAAGAGCAGCCACUCAGGAGCCGACAAUGACGAGGCGUCCAGCGGUAUCUCCACUCUGGAUCGCUCCAUGGGUGCCAGGAGGGGCACACGAGGCAAAAUGAUGAUUCCCAUGGACUCACAGCCGAGCAACACACCGGUGGUCAGUGCCAUCCCAGUGCCGGCUCUGGACUCCUCUCAGUACCCGGGCAUCCUGCCUUCACCUUCCUGCGGCUUCACUCACAACAAGUUCAGCCUGAGACCGAUGCCUUUCCCCAGCCUGACCGUGGACAGAGGAUACACACCAGCGAUGCCUUCAGACGCCUCCACCAACCCUCUCCUCCAGCAGCAGCCUCCACCUCAGCAGCCUCCACCCCUCCUGCCCGGCUCCUCGGCCUCGUCUGUGGAGCAUGUUCCCGGGGUCGGUCCGGUCCCGGGGGCCCCCGCUGCUGUCGGCGGAGCUGCAGCCGAUGAGGUCGCAGCUGGGAGCGGACGGACCAUCCCGACGGCAUGUGUGCGGCCAAGCCACCCUCUAAGAAGCUUCACCAACCCCCUGCUGCCACCACCCAUGGGGACCAUCGACCCCAAGGUGUACACGUCCAUGUUACCGCAGUCCAGUGCAAGCCUUCCAAAGCCCCAGGUGAAGACAGCGUCUUUGGGUCAGGCCAGCAAGGCUCGCUCUCCUCUGCUGCCCGUCUCAGUCCCAACGGCGCCGGACUUACCGGAGGAGGGAGGAACGAAACCGGCUGAGGAUUCAGCUGCCAACAUUUACGAGCAGGACGACCUUUCAGAGCAGAUGGCCAGUUUAGAAGGGCUGAUGAAGCAGCUUAACGCUAUCACUGGCUCCGCCUUCUAACCUCUGAUCCCA